ACAUAUCACACGUCCGUCCCCCUUGAUCCAAACCAUCAGUGUGAACGUUGCCGUAUGUGGUCAAGAAGGGAGAAUGUGGCUUGGCGCCUUUGCAUACUGACCAUCACCACCAUCGACGACUCAGACUCGGAAUUCAGCUAUGGGCAACGCAUGGUCUCUAAUCUCUCAAAUGUUCCCCCCCAAACCUAAGUGGUCCGUGGACGAUAUUCCGGAUUUAACGGGGAAAGUAGUUAUUGUCACAGGCGGUAAUACCGGAUGUGGGAGGGAAACGGUAAAGGCGCUACUGUCGCAUGGUGCAAAGGUCUAUCUGGCUGCACGAAGUGAGGAAAAGGCCAAGGAAGCCAUCGUGAAACUUAAGGAGGAGACGGGGGCUGAAGCCAUAUUUCUAUCCCUGGAUCUCGCAGAUCUGGUCAGCGUUCGUCGUGCGGCAGAAGAAUUUCUUUCAAAGGAAAAGAAGCUUCGUAUAUUGUUCAACAAUGCUGGCGUUAUGUUGGCACCAAUGGAUAUGCUCACCAAACAAGGGUAUGAUCUCCAGUUUGGCACGAAUGUCAUCGGACAUUUCUAUUUCACUCAGCUCCUCUUACCCGCGCUUCUUGCUGCCGCCACGCCUUCCGAGAAAGCACGAGUGAUCACAACGUCGUCAUCGGCUAAUUAUAUGGGUACGCUUGACUUCAACAUCUGGGUCGACGGUCCUGCACGCAGCAAGAAGGCUUCUGGCGAUCUAUAUGUCCAGAGCAAGCACGCUAAUGUCGUCUUCGCCGUUGAGUUGGCUAGACGGUACGGAGAGCAGAACAUAAUUUCCCACUCUCUCAAUCCGGGCAGCAUCCGGACGGAUCUACAGCGCCAUCUCUCCCCCUUUGCGAACAAGAUGCAAGACAUGUUCCUCUUCCCAGCUCAUAUGGGUGCCCUGACUCAACUAUGGGCUGGGACUUCGCCCGAGGCAGGAAAAUUGAACGGAGAAUUCAUGAUUCCGUGGGCCAGACUAGGCAAAGCCCGUAAAGAGACGGCAGACCCGGCGGUUGGAAAGAAGCUCUGGGAAUGGUUGGAAACACAGUGCAAGGACUACUGAGACUCUUAAGAUCUUAGUUCCCACGUUAGCAUAUUCGUCGUUCCUUCAUUUACUCCUCCGA